UGUAUGGUUUGCCCGUUGCUGGCAUACGGCAAGAUAAAAAUAUAUCCCAUCGUUCUCACCUACACGCAAGUUCGAGUCCUAGAAGGUGCCAGGCAUGAUGGCCGCCGCCUAGCAACUCACUCUGCUCCUUUUUGUUUUCAUAUAUCAGCUACCCCAUCUAUAACGGUGGAAAGUGCAACCAUUUAUACAUGUGCCUUAGGACAUCUCAGUCCUUCUGAUAAACAGAUAAGGGUCACAGGCAAAGAUACUAUUCCUAUCAAUAUUGACCAAAGGCAGCAUUUUGGGUUGAAACACUCAUAUCAAUAAUGCUACAGGAUGUUCUUCUCCCUAGUAUUUGCUAUUCUUUAUGGGGCUUUCUUAUGCUUCGUUUUCUUUGCCAACAUUCUCUUUCUUUUCCUCCUUGCUAGGCUUGUUUUCCUGCUUGUACGGUCCCGCUAUACCCGGUGAUUCUCCAACUUGUGGGGUUGAUAUGUGUGGUUAAUAAACUGCUGGAAACAACAUCUUUUAAUCAAAUUGCCUGUCUUUACUUUUUCCUUUCCUACUCACACACUCACAUACACUCACUCACUUACUUACACACUCACUCACACACUUUCUGUUUCUCUUUCUCGCUUGUUCUUGUGUCUUUUACUACACAUCAACGGCUUUUCUUGCCAGACCCCUUGUCUCUACUGCUAUCUUCAAGAGAAAGGCUUAGGAAGCCCUGGUGUUGUUCUCUCUAGGAUCCUAUACCGACGCGCCUUCUACCAUCAAACAAACAGGGACAAUGCAUAUCCGAUCUAAAAAUAUCAUCAUUAGCCUGGUGCUAGUGAUCCCAAUCUUUUUUCUUUGGGCUACUGUCAGAUAUGAUCGCAUUGCCCUCUCUAAUCUUGCUCACUCUUUUGACCAGCUAUCUCGGUCUAGCCUGAAUGUCUCGCCCCUGACGCGUUUCCAACCUCAGUUUUCUUCAGUCGAGGCCGUUAAUGAACUGUGCAAAAGAGGGUUGAUGGUCCCUCCCCCCUUAUCAUACUCGGAAUGGCUCCAUCGAAAGAACUUUACCCGCGCCUAUAUCCGUCCCAACAUGGUGAGCUCGGAUGCAAAAUUUGCCCCUUUGGAGACCAUUAAACAACCAGUUCUCCCAGAUUUCAUGGCUCUGGAUCGUGGGCUGACGGCACCACCUGAGGAUAAAGGAGAGAGUGUAUUGACAUGCCCUCCAGUCAUUGACGUGGAUGUGGCCGCGGACAGCGAAGUCGACGAUACGGCCGCUAUUCUCUUUGGUCUCGCAACAGAUGUAGACCGGCUGAGGCGCCUUCUCCCGUCACUCCUUUUCUCAUAUGGCUCUUCGAAGGCAAACAUGCUGGUUCUCAUCCCUGAGGGAACUGAAAAUAUCGAUAUUCACGAGACAUACUUCCGCAACCGUGGGCUAAACCUGACCCUAAAGACCUCACCCCUUGAGUUUACGGCUCGCUAUUUUGGCCUGGUUGAAGCAUUCACGGAGCAUAUCGAGAAUAACCUUCCCAAUGUCAAGUGGGUUAGCUUUGUGGACGACGAUACAUUCUUUCCGUCUCUAGCUACCAUUGGCAAGCGUCUUGCAACAAUUGAUGCUACCAAGAGACAUUAUAUCGGAUCCCUCUCCGAAGCAGAUAUUCAAGUUAAAGAGUUCGGUCCUAUUGCCUUUGGAGGUGCUGGGGUAUUUGUGUCAAAGCCACUUCUUGAGACUAUGCAUACGGUGUACCAGAAAUGUCAGGAUCUUGGCACUCAACCCGGAGAUCAGAAGGUAGCACACUGCAUCAAGAAGUUUGGAAAUACGGAUUUGACUCUCUGGGAUUCGUUGUAUCAGAUGGAUAUAAGAGGUGAGCCUGAUGGGCUGUUCGAAUCAGGGCGCCGUUUUAACUCUCUUCACCAUUGGCAAAGCUGGUACAACAAGGACGUCGUAAAAAUGAGCACAAUCGCAGCUGUUGCAGGACGUAACUCCGUUUUACGACGAUGGCGUUUUGACGAGCGGAUUACCGGGAAAGGCCAACGAACCUUUUGGGUGCUAACAAAUGGCUACUCAAUGGUCAAAUACACAAUUGACGCCUCUGCAAACGCUGAAUCUGUCGGAUUCGAUAAAGUUGAAAAAACAUGGGAUGGAGAUGAUAAAGUGUUUGAAAAACGACUUGGGCCUCUACGUCCCAGAGACCAACCUGGAGUCAAAAAGGAACGAUGGAUGCUUACGGAAGCUACCGUCAUUGGACACAACGUGCACCAGCUGUACUCGAGGGAGCUUGAUGAGGCGCAUAGUUUGAUCGAGCUCAUUUGGUUAGGGACACUGGAUGGCUCGGGGACAUCCGAUUAG